AUGCGGUCCUCAUACCGGGCUCAGGAUUUACAAACUCCUGACACCUCCGAAUGUCUUCUCGAGGUUCCCUAUGAAGCCUACACGGACUCGCCAGAGCUCAACGGCGCUCAGCAGUUCGCAGCCCCAGCUGAGGUUAUUCCCGCCCGAGUGGGGUCCAUUGCCAAAUGGCGGCAGUUCGCCGGCUGGAUUCCUUCGUUCUCACCGCGCCGUGACGGGGACGAGGACGACAGUCUGCCUUUACUAUCGGGGGAUCCGUCCCGCAAGAAACGUGCCUGUCGCUCUCGAUAUCUGCAGCACUUGCGGCGUACGCUCCUGUUUCUCUUCAUCAUGCUUGGAAUCAUUCAAUUUGUCUCCCUCGCCUACGGCAUCACCCUUUCCUUCUUCCCAGACGAGUAUGACCUUGCAGCACGCCACUGGAUGCACGCCGGCACAAGCAACAACGACACAAGACAUUGGCCCACAGACGUCUCCCGCGAUAUCGUCCCCGUAGGCUGCCACUCACACAAUGACUACUGGCGCCGAGUUCCGCUCUUCUCAGCCCUGCAGGCAGGCUGCAUCGGCGUGGAAGCCGACGUAUGGCUCUUCGACGACGAGCUCUACGUCGGCCACACAACGAGCUCGCUGACCAAGCGGCGUACCCUGCGCUCUCUCUACGUCGAUCCGCUCGUUCAGAUUCUCGAGCGCCAGAACCCUGUUACUCCGUUCCAGCGCGUCAUGGGCCGCCCGCCGCACGGCGUCUGGGACACGGAUCCCGACCAGACCCUCGUCCUGCUGAUCGACUUCAAGACCGACGGCGCGACGACCUGGCCUGCUGUCGUGAAGCAUCUUGCACCGCUGCGCGAGCGCGGGUUUUUGACGUACUUUGACGGGCAGGAGCUGGUGCCGGGCCCGGUGACUGUUGUCGGCACGGGGAAUACGCCGUUUGACCUGGUGACGGCGAACUCGACGUACCGGGAUAUUUUCUUCGACGCGCCGCUGGACAAGCUUGUAGAGGCUGGGGGCCCUGACUUCAUUGUUGGGCAUGGAGGUGAUAGUGGGCAAGGGAUGACGGGGAUGGGUGAUACCAUCACGGCGAAUAUGUUCAAUCUUUCGAAUAGUUACUAUGCGUCUGUUUCCUUCCAGAAGGCGAUUGGGUUUCCUUGGCCCUUUCAUUUUACGAUGGAUCAGAUCGAGGCCAUUCGGACCCAGGUGCGUGUUGCGCAUAGUCAUGGUCUGAAGGUGCGUUAUUGGGGUAUCCCCAGCUGGCCGCGCAGUCUGCGGAAUCAUAUAUGGCGGAUUCUGGCUCAGGAAGGUGUGGAUCUGUUGAAUGUGGAUGAUUUGAUUGAGGCAACUAGAGGCGCCUGGAAGAUCAAGAUCUUGGAUUGGUGGUGGUGA